CAACCCCUCUCUCUCUCUCUCUCUCCAAACACAAACACACUCUCUCUCUCUCUUUCUCACGCAACAAACACACUCACUCACUCACUCUCUCUCUCUCUCUCUCUGACAGUGAUAAUAUCUAUGGCUAGCAACAGAGACAGAGAAGAAGCUCUGACAUUCACGAACCCAUCUUCACCAAUCACAGUCUCGGAAUCACUUGACAGCUACCUCACCGACCCAAAUUCUCUCAUCAGCAGCGCCUCCGGGAGCUUCCAGAACGAAGGGUUAUUAUCUGGUGGAGCCGAUACCGUCAGUGACGCUGAGUUCGGUUUCUCUCGCCUGGACUUCAGGACGAGUCGACUCGCCGGCUCCGUCGAGUUCUACCAGCGCCACGUCUUCCUUUGCUACAAGAACCCCAAGGUUUGGCCCGCAAGAAUCGAAGCCUCUGAAUUCGAUCGUGUUCCCAGGUUGCUCUCUGCUGCUGUAAUGGCUAAGAAAGCUGAUAUGAACAAAGAGACCCGCUUGACAAUAUGUGAGGGACAUGAUGGAACCGAGACAUCAAAUGGGGAUGUACUAAUCUUUCCAGACAUGAUAAGAUACAGGAGAUUGACACAUUUUGAUGUUGACACAUUUGUUGAGGAAGUGCUUGUGAAGGAUGGUGAAUGGCUACCUGGAACUCCUGAAAGAUUAAAGGGUUCAUACGUUUUUGUAUGUUCUCAUGGGUCCCGAGAUCGCCGUUGUGGAGUUUGUGGACCUGCCCUAGUCGGUAGAUUCAAAGAAGAGAUAGAAUUACGUGGUCUUCAAAGUAAAAUUUCUGUUAGUCCAUGCUCACACAUUGGGGGACAUCAGUAUGCAGGAAAUGUUAUCAUAUUUGGAUCAAAAAUCAAUGGAGAAGUCACUGGACACUGGUAUGGUUAUGUCACUCCAGAGGAUGUACCUGUGUUGCUUGAGCAGCAUAUUUUGAAAGGAGAAAUUGUAAAUGGGCUGUGGAGGGGUCAGAUGGGAUUAUCAGAAGAGGAACAGAAUAAAUCCUAUGAACUUAGGCAAAAUUUAAAUGGCGAGACAAAUGUUGGGAAUAAAACUGAAGAACUGACACAAACACAUAAAAGUGAGAUGCACACUGCUGCUUGUCAAUCUCAACCUGAGGAAAUGGGGUGUUGCCAGGAAAAUGGAAACUCGUACUGCUGUGAGUACCCUGCAUUUCCAGAAAAGCUAGAGACUCAAGAUGCCAAUGUGGGUACAGCAAAGGUGAUAUCCGAUAAAAAGAGUAGCAAGAAACUAAAUUCCAGGAUCAAUGGUGUUAAAGGGGGUAGUGCACGCAAAGUUUGUGCGAUGCCAACAUGGUUUGACAGCUGGGAGCGAGAAGAUAUGUAUGCAGCUCUCGCUGUUGUUUGUGCUGCAGCAUCGGUUGCCAUUGCCUAUAGUUGCUACAAACAGUUGUAGAUAAACUUCAAAGCCAAUCUCUAUAUUGUGUUCAUGAUAUAACGGGUUAGAGUACUCUUCCCUUUGUUGUCUCCAAUCUUUAUAAGAUACCAAUGUCACUUCAUGAUGUAAUGCCUCUGCAAAAGAGCCUUUGACUUAGAAGCACAAGUGUUUGGAUAAAAUCAUCAAAAUGAUGUAUAAAAAUGUCGGCUUUGCCUCGGGGCACUUAAAUUA